AUUGAUUCUGCGAUAUCUGUAGAAAGGGCCAAUUGGCUCCCUUUUUAAAUUCCGGUUAGGAUCGGCAACAUUGAUUGUCAGUGUCACUCAUCGAUUGCUGUCAGUGUAUCCAGAAAAAAACUCGGUGCCGUAGAAGAAAGAUUCGACGUGCAAAUUGCUUAAAACAGGCAGAAUUUGCACAAAAAAUUUGCAAAUAACAAUAAUUACCGCCAGCCGGUUGCAUUUAUAUGGAAAAGCUAGUUAAAGUAGCUUGAAAAGCACAUAUUGUGCAAGGGAAAUCAAGUGUAAACGUCUGUUGUGGGGCAGGAGGUGGAACACGAUUUCAAGGAGGGCACCACGAAAGGAAAGCAAACGAAAAAAAUUCAACGAGAAACGUAUUAAAAAGCAAUUACAAAUAAAAGAUACGCCUUAAAACAACAAGGAAACUCAUCAACUGACUAAUCGACCAAUCUACCAGCCAACCAAACGACCGAACGAGGGUACAACGUAGCUGAUAAAAUAAGAGUAAAAAAUACGACUGAACUUGAACAAGAGCAAAUACAAAUAAAAGUGAUUUUAUCAAGACAAACAGCAACGGCCACCGCAAUAACAAUCGCUGAAGCAGCAAACGCGCCCUGCACACACGCGCUCCAAUGUCAAGCGGCCAAGUAAAUGUCGCUGGCGACAGCAAUGGAGCAGGCGGGGGCAGUGGUGGCGGUGGUGGAGGGGCAAACACAGCAGCACAAGCGGCGCCACAGCUGCAACAGCAACAAUCACAACAACAUCAACAGCAACCGCCACCACAAAUCAUGGGCGCUUCAACGACAACCGUUGUCACAGAUACAGUCAAUAUGGCAGCCGAUUCGUCACCGCGUGAGUCAGGCGAUGACUCGGAGGAUGAAAGUGAAAUCCUUGAGGAAUCACCAUGUGGGAGAUGGUUGAAAAGACGCGAAGAAGUAGAUCAGCGUGAUGUGCCCGGUAUCGAUUGUGUUCAUCUGGCUAUGGACACCGAAGAGGGUGUUGAAGUUGUUUGGAAUGAGGUGCAAUAUGCCAAUUUGCAGGAGCUUAAGUCGCAAGAGGAAAAAAUGCGGCAAGUUUUUGACAAUCUAAUGCAAUUAGAUCAUCAGAACAUAGUCAAGUUCCAUCGCUAUUGGACAGAUACACAAAAUGCAGAACGGCCACGAGUCAUAUUCAUUACGGAAUACAUGUCGUCGGGGUCAUUGAAACAGUUCCUCAAACGCACUAAACGCAAUGCCAAACGGUUACCAUUGGAGGCGUGGCGCCGCUGGUGUACACAAAUUCUGUCCGCGCUCAGCUACUUGCAUUCCUGCAUACCGCCCGUAAUUCACGGCAACCUCACCUGUGAUAGCAUUUUCAUCCAGCAUAAUGGUCUGGUGAAAAUCGGUGCCGUUGUGCCCGAUGCGGUACACUACAAUAUGCGGCUGCAUCAUCGCAGUGAUCAAAGCGAGACGCAUCACUUUAUGGCACCAGAAUAUGGUGCUGCUGAGCAGUUGACUGCCGCCGUAGACAUUUAUGCAUUCGGCAUGUGCGCCCUGGAAAUGGCUGCAUUGGAAAUUCAGCCAAGUGGCAGUGAAACGACAACCAUCAAUGAGGAGACAAUAUUGCGCACCAUCAAUAGCCUGGAGCAUGAUUUGCAGCGCGAUUUGAUAUUCAAAUGCUUGCGGCGAAAUCCUGCCGAGCGGCCAAGUGCCAACGAUUUGCUCUUUCACCCUUUACUUUUCGAGGUGCACUCACUAAAGCUUCUGGCCGCUCACUGUCUAGUGUUUGCGCCCAAGAAUCGAACAAUGUUUUCGGAGACUCUCAUAGACGGCAUGAUGCAGCGCUAUAACCGGCCUGAAGUGAUCAUGGCCCGUGUGUCAUGUGGCGAGGAGGAGAAGAACUAUCGUCUUGCAGACGUGCCUACAGCAGAUAAGUUGGAGAAAUUCGUAGAGGACGUCAAAUUUGGUGUAUAUCCGUUGACUGCGCUUGGCGGCAAGAAGCCACCACAUUUUCGCUCACGUGCCGCAUCACCAGAACGCGCCGAUUCAGUUAAGUCGGCCACACCGGAGCCAGUCGAUAUCGAGUCACGACGCAUUGUCAAUAUGAUGUGCAGUGUUAAGAAGUUGAAAGAGGACAGCAGCGAUAUUGCAAUGACGAUAUUGUUACGCAUGGAUGACAAGAUGAACAGGCAAUUGACAUGUCAGGUGACGGAAGCCGACUCGGCCUCUGAUCUAACCAACGAAUUGGUGCGCCUGGGCUUCGUGCAUAUCGAUGACCAGGAUAAAAUACAAGCGUUGUUGGAGGAAACGUUGCGGGGCAGCUUUGCAGUGAAUAGCGGCGGUGUCUGUCCCUUCGAACAGGGUGCGCAAGCGCUAACUUUUAGUGCCACAAUCAACGAGCAUAUGCCGGGCGGUGUCGGUGUGAGUAUUGUUGGGAAUAGUGCUGGUGCCGCCAACGCCAACGGCAACUUUGGUGCAAUCGGCAUGGGCAGUGGAGGUGGUGCUGCUGGCAUUUACAAUGCAGAAGGUGCCAACGUGCAUGGCAAUAUUGCCGUAAAGCCGGCAACGACAGCGACUUUGGCAGCACUCAACCAGAUGGAACGCAAUUGGUCUGUGGCUGAUACAGACCCCAAUGCUGGAUUGGCGAAUGCGAAUUUGCAAGCAGCAAGUGUGGGUGCAGAAAUGGCUCUUGCAAUGUACCAAAUGCAACAACAGCACCAGCAACAACUGCAUGAGCAGCAGCAGCCGCAGCCGCAGCAACAUCAGCCACAGUCACAGCUGUCACCGCAGUUGCACUUGCAAAUGCAAAUGCCCGUUCCGCAACAGCAGCCACAGGUGCUAACCACAACGCCGCCCCCAGCUGGCGUACUGCCACCAUUUUCAGCGCAAGCAACUCAACAAAUAAUGCAUGAACAGUCUUUGGAUCAGCAAAUCGAGGGGGCGGCAGUGCCCUUAACUGCCACGGUGAAUAGCAUAAAUGCACCUCAACAACACUAUGCAAACGCUCAGCAGCAAAUAAUGCACUCUUCCAAUCCAACAACAGCAACUGCAACUGUGACUGCAGCUAUGCCAGCACCUUUACCAACUGUAACCGCCACAAACGCCUCGACCUCCUCAGCCGCCUCCUCCACUAUCAAUUAAUAAUAUUUUUUUUUAAAUAUUUAAAUACACUACAUUGAUAUUCAA